AUGGCUGUGUACAAGUUUAGAAACUGUAAGCAAUCGGGCACUCAAACACUUGAUGAGUAUGUAACUGAACUCCGUAGAUUGUCAAAAGACUGUGAAUUUAAUGAUGUAAACAAAGAAAUCUUAUCCCAAAUCAUUCAACACUGUCGCUCAAACCGCCUGUGGAGGAGAGCACUACGUGAGCCCGAUAUGACCCUGCAGAAUCUAAUGGAUUUAGACCGAGCGAUGGAAGUGGCUGAAACACAGGCGCAAACAAUGGAAGAACAGAGUGAGCGUGCUGUGAAUUUUGUAAACAAACCAUGUGUGAAAUUUAAGAACAGACAGAGUGAGAAGCCGAAAGGUCAAUCUAAGUGCACGGCCGUGAGCGCUGCUGUGGCGAACACGUGUAGGAACUGUGGGGGACCAUAUCCGCACACUGCAGAAUGCCCCGCUAAAGGCAAACAGUGCCGCUAUUGUAAGAAACUAAUCACUUUGAGAAACAAAGGCCCAAAACAGUGUCUUAAGGUCAACGGAACUUACUGCGAUUUUCUCCUUGAUACCGGAGCGUCAGUGAAUAUCUUGGACGAAGCAACUUACCUAAAGUUGGGACAACCCAGACUCGAAACAAACGGUUCCAAGCUUAUGCCGUAUGGAGGAAAUGCACCGUUGGAUGUGAUUGGCUCAUGUUUACUUGAUGUUCAGUGGAAAAACAUCAUGCAACAACACAAAUUCUAUGUUGUCCGUGGGAGCAAUGGAGCAUUGUUAGGUUAUUCAACGUGCCAUUCUCUAGAACUUGUACAUAUUGUGAACCAGCUGUCUGAUGCUGAUGUCACUUGGAAACACCAAGACGUGUUCAAAGGAAUUGGUAAACUUGUAAACAAAACAGUCCACAUUCAUACAGAUACUUCGGUGAAGCCAGUUGCGCAGCGCAGCAGACGUAUACCGUUUCAUUUGCAUCCGAAAGUUGACGCGGAGCUUCAAAAGCUGCUAGAUGAUGACAUCAUAGAACGCGUAGAAAACGAACCAACACCAUGGGUGUCACCUAUUGUCUGCGUCCCCAAGAAAAAUCCUGAUGAGAUUCGUGUUUGUGUAGACAUGAGAGAGGCAAACAAAGCGAUCAUCCUUGAACGACAUUUAAUGCCAACCGUAGAUGAACUCAUCCAUGACUUGAACGGCGCAUCUGUAUUCAGCAAGCUUGAUCUUAGACAAGGGUACCAUCAGCUCGAGUUGGACCACGUGAGUCGUUCCAUCACUACAUUCAAUACUCACGUAGGAAUCUUCAGGUAUAAACGUUUGAACUUUGGUAUUUCGUCCGCAUCUGAGAUAUUUCAGGAGACUGUGCACAGUGUGAUACAGACUGUAUCAGGUGCUAGGAAUAUUUCGGACGAUAUUUUGGUAUUCGGUAAAAACCAAGAGGAGCAUGAUAAAGCUCUCGAGGACACUCUGAAAUCACUAAGUGCCAGUGGUUUAAAAUUAAAUCAAUCGAAAUGUGAGUUCAAUCGUGACCACAUCACAUUAUUUGGCUUGGUGUUCAACAAGUCCGGAAUAUCGCCUGACCCAGCAAAGGUAUCUGCUAUACGCGAUGCACAGAAACCGUCCAACAUCAGUGAACUCCCAAGUUUCCUUGGCAUGACUUCAUAUUGCCUUAGAUUUAUUCCAGACUACUCAACAGUAAGUGAACCUUUGGGGCGCCUGAUGCGCGCAGACUUGUCAUGGUCUUGGACAGCCGAACAGGACGCUGCUUUUGACAAGUUGAAAUCACUCUUGUCAAGUGAUACUUUGAUAGUGUACUAUGACCCAAAUAAAACUGUUGAGUUAAUAGUGGACGCUAGCCCAGUGGGUUUGGGUGCAAUUCUCACUCAGGAGAACAAGGUUGUUGCAUACGCCAGCAGGUCAUUAAGCCCCACAGAGUCUCGUUACAGCCAGACGGAACGUGAAGCUCUAGGUAUCGUCUGGGCAUGUGAACACUUCGACAUGUACUUACGAGGUGCACCAUACUUCAGAGUUGUGACAGACCACAAGCCGUUGGAAUCCAUAUGGAAGCGAGCUAAACCGCCACUCAGGAUAGAGAGAUGGGGUCUCAGAUUACAACCUUACAAGAUGACUAUUGUCUACCGUCCUGGGAAAGAUAACCCUGCUGACUAUAUGUCAAGACACCCCAUUUUGACACAAAAACUCUCACGAGAGGAGGACAUAGCAGAACACUAUGUGAAGUUCAUUGCCGAAAAAGCCGUACCUAAAGCUAUGACCUUGGAUGAAGUUAAAAGAGCAACAAAUGAGGAAAAGACAAUGCAAAAGGCUAUUGACUAUGUACGCACAGGAAAAUGGUAUGAACUUAAGCGACUGGAGGAUAAAGAUGUGGAUUUGCUAGAACUACAAGCUUUACGGAAUGUUCAAGACGGAUUGGCUGUGUAUUCUGACAAUGUUUUACUUAGAGAAGGCCGUUUAGUCCUACCUAAAUCUCUCUGUGAACGGGCCGUCACCAUUGCUCAUGAAGGACAUCAGGGAAUCAGUUGCACCAAGGCACUGCUACGCUCAAAAGUAUGGUUUCCUGGAUUAGACGAUUUAGUUGAAAACUCGCUCAAAUUCUGCUUACCUUGUCAGAGCGUUACUGAAAGGCCUAAUCGAAUUGAACCAUUCAAGAUGUCCGAUAUGCCACAUCGUCCAUGGGAAAACUUAAGUGUUGAUUUUUGUGGACCCUUACCAGCAGGGGAAUACUUAUUCGUGAUCACUGAUGAAUUUACCAGAUAUCCAGUCGUCGAAAUAAUGCGAUCAACCUCAGCAAGUGCUACUAUUCCUGUGCUGGAUAAAGUCAUUUCUACUUUUGUAUUACCUAAGAUCGUGAAGUCGGACAACGGAAGUCCAUUUAACUCUGCCACAUUCAAGGAAUUCGCGGAAAACAUGGGAUUUCAUCACCGCAGAAUCACACCUCGUUGGCCUCGGGCGAAUGCUCAGGCAGAAUCCUUUAACAAACCGAUGAUGAAGGCAGUCCGAGUUGCUCAUGUUGACAGGAAAAACUGGAAACAAGAACUGUUCCGUUUUCUUCGACAGUAUCGAAAUACUCCUCAUUCAUCAACAGGAUUAAGUCCAUUCACGCUGAUGUUUGGCCGAGAUACAAGAACUAAACUACCACAAAUAUCAGGACCAACAGAUCGUCCCAGAGACGAAAUCGCGCGACAGCAGGAUGAAUACGCCAAACGUAAGAUGAGAUCAGAGACCAGAAACAGGACUCAACAGAUAAACAGUGGAGAUACCGUCCUUAUCAAAAACGAAUCUGGAAAUACGCUGACGCCAGCUUAUAACCCGGAACCUCACAUCGUAGUGAGCACCAAGGGAACAAUGAUAUCAGCCUCCCCUUGUUCCAGUCCGACGACGAAGUGUGUUACGCGCAACUCGUCCUUCUUCAAAAGAAUUGCGUGUCCAAGGAACAUACAAUCGCGCGAGACUGAAUACCCGGAGGAGGAAGAGAUAGUAUAUCGGAGGGCCAGCACAGAAAUGCCGUUAAACGAUACGUCAUCAUCAAACGUACCAGGAACCCCUGAAGCACAGAAACGUGUCGCGAGUCAAACCAAAGUCGUACCCAGUUCGAACCCUUACGUCACCAGGUCCGGUCGUACUGUCAGAAGACCUAAUGUAUUGAAAGACUUUGUGUCUAAGUGA